AAAACCACAUUACACAUGCUAUCUCAGUAGUAUCGAAUUCGGUGCGACAAUAUUAUGUAAAAAUAAAUUACUUUAUACUUUUAAAUUAUUUAAAUGUAUAGUAGGUAAUACCUAGGUUAUAGACCAAUCUUAACGAUUUUUUACCGUUUAAUAAUUCUAGAAAAAUAAAAUAAUUUUUCAAAAAUGUCAAGAAUAAUAAGAGUAGUGAAGGAAACUUUUAGAAAAUAUCCAAUGAUAGCUAAUUCAACAGUCUAUGGUACAAUGUGUGUCGGAGCGGAAUUUUCACAGCAAAUAUUGACUAAACGUAUAUUGAAUAAAACUGAACCACAAGAACCGAUUGACAUAGAUGUAUUAGGACGAUAUGCCAUAGUGGGCACUUUAAUUAGUCCAAACAUUUUAUACUUUUGGUAUAAAUGGUUGGACAAAGCAUUUGUGGGUACUGCACCAAAAAUUAUUGUCAAAAAAUUAUUAAUCGAUCAAUUUAUCAUGACCCCACCAUUUUACGUAGUUUUCUUCGUUACUAUGAGUCUUCUUGAGGGGAAAAAAGAUCUUUUUGAAGAAUGCAGACAGAAGUUCAUUCCUACAUUCAAAACUAGUUGUGUGUUUUGGUUGCCAGCACAAGCUAUUAAUUUCAUGUUGGUGCCGCCAGCUGCUCGUGUAAUUUAUGUCGGAAUGUGUUCAUUUAUAUGGAUAAAUAUGUUGUGCUGGAUCAAAAGAAAUGAUUACAAUGCCAUUAAACAAGAAUAGUUAAUUAAAAUGCACAAACGUUGGUAUCAAAUAUUAAUCACUUUCAGUACCUACAUUAUAUGUUCAUAUUAUUAGUCUUUUAACUGUUAUAAUUUAAGACUGUUUUUAUCGAUAAAAACAAUAGAAAUACAAUUAAUAAAAUGAGCUUUAAGAAAAUUA